AUGAGUCUUAGCAGCAAGAUCAAGCCCGCGGCCAGAGUCGCCGGACGCAGACAGGAUGUUUGGUCCAUCGUCAACGAGGCCGCCGCCGCCUCGCCCAAGCAGCCCAUCGUCAACAUGGGCCAGGGCUUCUUUGGCUACAACCCGCCCGACUUCAUCCUCAAUGCCGCCAAGCAGGCCCUGGACCGCGUCGAGUGCAACCAGUACAGUCCCACCAAGGGCCGCCCGCGCUUGAAGAAGGCCAUCGCCGACGCCUACUCUCCCUACUGGGGCCGCAAGCUCGACCCCGAGACCGAGGUCACCAUCACCACCGGCGCCAAUGAGGGCAUGCUCAGCGCCUUCAUGGCCUUCAUUGAGCCUGGCGAUGAGGUCAUCGUCUUUGAGCCCUUUUUCGACCAGUACAUCUCCAACAUCGAGAUGCCCGGCGGCAAGAUCACCUACGUGCCUCUCCAUCCUCCCAAGGACGGCGGCGAGAAGACCUCCUCCGCCGCCAACUGGACCAUCGACUUUGACGAGCUCGAGCGCGCCAUCACCCCCAAGACAAAGAUGAUUGUCCUCAACACACCGCACAACCCCGUCGGCAAGGUCUUUUCCAAGGACGAGCUUCAAAAGAUCGGUGACCUCUGCGUCAAGCACGAAAUCAUCAUUCUCUCCGACGAGGUCUACGACCGUCUCUUCUACGUCCCCUUCACCCGCAUCGCCACCCUCUCCCCCGAGAUCGAGAGCCUGACCAUCACCGUCGGCUCCGCCGGCAAGAACUUCUACGCCACUGGCUGGCGCGUCGGCUGGCUCAUGGGCCCUGCCGAGCUGAUCCAGCACGUCUCCGCUGCACACACCCGCAUCUGCUACUCCUCCGUCUCGCCGUUGCAGGAGGCCUGCGCCGUCGGCUUCGAAGAGGCCGAGAAGCACGGCUUCUGGGACGAGACCAUCAAGGACAUGAAGGGCAAGAUGGACCGCUUCAACGAGGUCUGGACGGAGCUCGGUAUGCCCUACUCCGAGCCCGAGGGCGGCUACUUCGUGCUCGUCAACAUGGCCAAGGUCAAGCUGCCCGAGGACUACCCCUUCCCCGCGCACGUCGCGAGCCGCCCGCGCGACUUCAAGCUCGCGUGGUUCCUCAUCCAGGAGGUCGGCGUCGCGGCCAUCCCGCCCACCGAGUUCUACACCGAUUCGAACGCGCAUAUUGCCGAGGACUACAUCCGCUUUGCGGUCUGCAAGCCUGAUGACGUGCUUGAGACUGCUAAGCAGAGGCUGCGUGGGUUGAAGAAGUACAUCCAGGAAUAG